GCAGCAGUAUGCCCUGAAGCUCAUCCGCUGUUUUGCCAUCGCUUUGAAGUACCACCUGACUGAGGAUGGCUGCAAUCCUCACAUUCAGCUCGGCUCACGCACGACGGAAGAGGAUGUGCGGCAAGCUACGACCAGAGCUUUCAAGGCCGAGCUUGGCUGCAUCUGGGAUGCGCGCGUGGCGGAAGAACGGGGCUUCCUCGAUCGUAUCACCUCCACCACUUCGGCGAACCGGCCGCUACAGAUCCUGCACGAGCUUGAGCUUUUGAACAGCUCGGUCUUCUGUGUGCCCAAGCUUGGGGGCCUCGACCCACCAGCGGCGAACGAAGUCGAUCGCAGCAUCACCAAGCUACACAAUGU